AACUGGGCAGACUCCGGUAGCCAGCGCAAUUCACUCACUUGCGAAGAUAUGAAAAGACUGCCGAUUAAAUUGAAAAACCAAUGCACCGAGUCUAUGGUCGUCGAGGGUAUGACUGUGUACAAGUUAAAAGUGAAACAAGUCCCAGCUUAUGUUGGGUCAUCUUCCAUCAUCAAGAGAUUCUCUUUCGGCGAACCCAGCGACAUUAUUCUAACGGGUGGAACAUGUAAAACAAUUCUGCUGAUGGGCGCGACGGGAUCGGGAAAGACGAUGUGGAUCAACGCCCUGGUCAAUUACGUCCUGGGAGUCGAAUGGGACGAUUCAUUCCGUUUCAUGCUGAUCAAAGAACAUCUCAGAGGAGCAUCGCAAGCCAAUAGCCAAACGCAAGGAGUCACCGCCUACGACCUGCACUACCGCGAGGGAUUCCGCAUUCCUUUCUCACUGACUGUUAUUGACACGCCGGGAUUUGGCGACACUGGCGGGAUGGAACGUGACGAGGACAUCUCUUCGGCCAUACAAGAGUUUUUCAACCAUGAAAAUGGCAUUCAGGAAUUGGACGCCGUUGGAUUCGUCGUUCAAUCCGCACUCGUCCGUCUAACAAUUUCGCAAAAAUGUAUUUUCAGCUCAAUCUUCUCCAUUUUUGGCAAAGACGUGAAAGAAAAUAUCCGAUUCCUCGUCACUUUUGCCGACGGACAGCGACCGCCAGCCUUGGAGGCCAUCAAAGAGGCCGGACUUCCGUGCCGGAUGGAUUCCAAGGGAUUGCCAUGCCACCAAAAAUUCAACAACGGCGCCAUCUACAUCCAGCCAAUGGAUGACGAAAACGACGACAUGUCACGUAUCGAAUGGAUGAGCGGAAUGAAUAAUUUCAACAUGUUCUUUGCAGAAAUGAACGAAAUGCCAACCAAAUCGCUGCAAAUGACCAACGAAGUGAUCGAACACCGAAAGCAACUGGAAAUCUAUCGGGAUUUUAUGCUCGGCGGCAUCAAUAAUCAACUCAUCAAGAUGGAAGAAUUGCGCACGACCAAACAGCUCGUCGCUCUGAAUAAAGACAAAGUCAACGCGAACCAGAAUUUCGAGAUGAAAGUGCCAGUCGCCAAAAAGGUGAAGAAGAACAUGGACGGUUCGUCAGCCCUGAACUGCACAAAUUGCCAAGUAACGUGCCACUACCCUUGCCACCCCAGUUCGUGGACGGGAUUCUGCCCGGUAUUUUGGCAGUUGGAGGAGAUCAUCUCACCAAAGAAAACAGUGACGUCUUUAUUGAGUAAUCCCAGCGAGGAUUCCGUCUUGAGCGCCGUCAUGGACACGGUGGUGAAAGCUGCCAAAAAUAUAGUAACCAACCUCAUGUCGCCCAAAUGCAAGAUCUGCCCUGGCGCAUGUUCCAAUGGCCACCACAAAAACGAAAACUUUAAAUGGGUCUUGAUGGUGGAGGAUGAGACGCGGACCUUCUACGGCGUUCGCAACAACUACCAAGGCGCAACGAAGAAGAUGAUGGACGCAGAAGCCAUGGAGAGGGUCCUGCAAGCGGAAGUUGAUCAGCUGAAAGACGAAACCAUCAAGAACAUGAAUGUCAUCACUGAUUUGCAAAACAAGUUGAAGACUAUUGCGCUACACGGCAAUCAUCUCUCGACAUAUGAAUACAUCCAAAUCAUGAUGGACACUGAAGAGAGAGUCCGAAAUCCUGGAUGCGAGGAAAGAAUCAAUAACUUGAAGGAACUGCUGGAAUCGGCUAAAGGCAACAGCAACGACAUCGAUGAUGAUAACAAAUUCACCAAGCAGUUCACUUCAUCCAGCACGGCGUGCUAAUGAUGCUGCGCAUCAAAAGUUGU